GCACAGUGUGAACGGAUUUCGUGGUGAGCUCGCGUGAGCUAAAGAACAAAUCGAAGAAGCUUUCCAAUAUUUGUUUUUGCGGCAGCAUUGAAUUUGACGAUUGCUUCGUUUCGUCGUAAAUUGCAAUCUCACUGACUUUUGCUGCUGUUGCCGCGUUUCGCAUUCGGCAUUGUGUUCUAUCGGCGUCUAUGACAUCCUACAUGUCCGUUUGACUUAAUAUCAGUUGCAGUGACGUGUUGCUGCAAAGGAAUUUCAGAUUCACAUGCGCUUGUCUGUAUGCGCAGCAGUUGCUUCUGGUGUCCGCCACAUUUUGACAGUGGAUACUGGCGACGGCGGCAGUGCGCUAACCCAAAUAAAAGUGGAAAGGAAGAAAGCGGGUACACCCGAACCGCUGUUGGUAAACUUAAAAACUACGGAAAAACUUUGUUUACAAAUCAAUGAAAAUGCGCUGCAAUAACGGAAAUAUUUGUAGAUCAAUUAAAAUGAACGAAAGUUGUUAGUGCGAAAUAAAACUGCUAGUAAUACUCGUUGCUUAGUGAACUAAUUUUGAACAAUCGAAUAUGGAAAACUGUGAAAUUGACUGAAGCGGUACGGAAUAAAAUAAUAUAAAUGUGUAAAAAUUUGUGAAAUAUUGAAAGCGUUCUGACUGUAAAAAUAUGCAAUAACUUUCAUUGACAUACAAAUCUCGACUUACUGAUUUCUUUAUACACAAAAAAAAAAAAACUAAAAUAAAAAUAAAAAUAUAUAUUAAGAAACUAUUCGUGCAAUAAGAACUUUGUGCAAUAAAAAGCUUGAAAAACGAAUACCAAAACAAGUUGAAGUGUUGAAAGACUUGCAAAAAUGGCAGCAUAUGCACAAUUUGGAUACGGUGGCUACCCUUCAGCAUCGCAGCUGCUGUCCAGCAAUCUCACACAAUCGCCCCAAACUGGUGACUCGCCAAAUACACCCAACACCACAGCAAUGCCAGUUUCCGGUGGUGCGAAUGCGCCUGCGCUUAGUCCUUCGAACGUUGGCGAGUGUCGCGUAAAUACUGGAGCAGGCGGUUCGGCUGAUGUGCCCAGUGGCGCGAUGAGUCCGGAUGCGCUCUCGCAAAACUCCAACAAUACGACUGGCGGCGCCGGUGGUGGCAUUAAUAAUCCUGCAGGUGGCAGCGCUCUCGAUGUCAGUGGUGUUUCGGGGCUGAGUGCCGGUGGCCCUGGUGGCGGUGGCUCCUGUUGCGAGAAUGGACGUCCCAUUAUGACAGAUCCGGUAUCGGGUCAAACGGUGUGUUCUUGUCAAUAUGAUUCCGCACGUUUGGCACUCUCGAGCUAUUCACGUCUGCCAGCGGCAAGCGUUGGCGUCUAUGGCACCCCAUAUCCUUCAACGGAUCAGAAUCCCUAUCAGAGCAUUGGCGUGGAUAGUUCGGCUUUCUAUUCGCCAUUGAGCAAUCCAUAUGCAUUAAAAGAUUCAGCAACUGGCACAGAAAUGACUGCAUGGACAUCAGCCGGGCUGCAACCGACUACGGGAUAUUACUCAUACGACCCGAUGUCUGCUUAUGGUUAUGGUCCUAGUUACGAUUUGGCUGCAAGACGUAAGAACGCUACGCGCGAGUCUACAGCUACUCUCAAAGCCUGGCUGAACGAGCACAAAAAGAAUCCAUACCCCACCAAAGGUGAGAAGAUAAUGCUAGCCAUCAUUACGAAGAUGACGUUGACACAGGUUUCCACGUGGUUCGCGAACGCCCGCCGACGUUUAAAGAAAGAGAAUAAAAUGACUUGGGAACCGAAGAAUCGCACGGACGACGAUGAUGAUGCGAUGGUGUCCGAUGAAGAGAAGGAAAAGGAUGAAAUGGAGAGUGAAAAGGCAGCACAGAGCCUGCACGGUGGCGGUAUGGGUGCAGGACAGCGAAAAGAACUUGAAAAGGAUGACGACGAACUGCAGGACGAUGAAUCUAAGCCAUUAGGUUCACAUCCCAAUGAUCUGCGUAACACAGCCCUCGGUUAUCCUGGUGCUGGUGUUAGCGGAGCUACCGGUGGCGGCUACCACGGCUCUAGUGGCACCUCAAAUCAUUCACAUAGCUACCAUCCCUAUCAUCACCAACAUCCCGCUUACUAUCAGCAUCAGCAGGCGCUAUUGGCUGCAAGUGGCUAUCCGACUACUGGCAUGCCAGGCAAUAACAGUAGCAGUAACAUCAGCAAUAAUAAUAACAACAACAUCAACAACAUUAACAAACAUGACGUAAGCGAUUCAAAAAACCAGCUGAGCCGGGACUGUGGCGUGCCGAUUCCAGCAACCAAGCCCAAAAUCUGGAGUUUGGCCGACACAGUCGCCUGCAAGACCCCACCGCCAGCACAGACAGCAGCAUACAUGGGCCAGGCGCAACAACACCAGCAACAUUCAUUGCAACAGGGGCAAUCGAACAUGAACAACAGAGGUAUGGGCAGCCAUAUGGGUUUGUCACAACAGCAGCAGCAGCAGCAGCAACAAACACAAACACAACAACAACAGAUGCAGCAACCAUCACCGCUGAACGCCCCACCGUCAGCAGCACAUAUGAUGAUGAGCAAUUACGGCGGCGGCACAGCCUACUCGCGGGCGCCGCCUACCACAGCUUACGGGGGUUUUCUAGGGGCUACAAUGCAGCAGCUGCAUACUACGAACAAUAUCCCAUACAAGAACAGCAACAACUCCACUCACCCCCAGCACCGCAACAGCAACAUCAACAACAACAACAACACCAACAACAGCGGUUCGGCCAUAACCAGUACCACCCCUACCAGCACGCGUAUUACGGUAAAUACUACGGCUCAACAAGUGGCUUCGGCAACAGUACCACCCCUCCCACCACCCUCGCACAUGCGUCCGAACAACAGCAACAGCAACACCAACGCACCACACCAUCCGUACGGAGCGGCUCAGCGGGGGAUGGGGUUUCCAGAAGCCCAACCCGAUACUCCACCCCAAACUCCGCCGAAUAUGAAGCUGCAGAGCGUGGCGGCGAAUCUAUUGCUUACCGCUUCCCAAAUCCCUACGAUCGCUACUUGUCGCAGUAAUAGCAACGGCGGUGGCUAUGGAGGGGCUAGUGGCAUGCACAGCUUCGCAAUGAACUAUUCAACGCGCUUCGAUGAGUAUUCACCACGCGAUGAGAGUUCGAGUGGCUCCAGUAGUUGCAGCUCGACGGACUCUCCACGUCUACAGUCGAAUGAUUCGCCCUACAAAGGGUCGUUUAAGAGCCAACAAAUCGCCGGAUAUGUGUCGCCUGUUUAAAUCGUUUGGCAUAAUUUAUUUAAUCUCAACAAUCGUCAAUCAGCUGAGUAGGCAGGCGUCAUUACUUCAAACAACUGGGACUUUGUGCAAAUAUUUCUAAAUUUAAAUUGCAAGAAAUAAGAAUUCAAAAAUGUAAUAGUAAUCUUCAAAAAAUAAACCGAACAGAUUGUUGAACACUACGUUUAAUUAGUCAUAAGUGCGAAAUUAGCUAAGCUCACGGGCCCAUUAAUCAUUUAAAAAAUAUUUGAAAAAAAAGAAUCCUUAUAUUAAUAAAUUUUGAAGUACAUAAGCACUAAGUAAAAUUUUUGACUGUGAUAAACUACUAACUUCGUGUUAGCUUACUUUUUGAGUGUAAUCUCGUACUAGUACACACAAGUACACACAUACAUGUGCAAAUAUACAUACAAAUACCUACAUGCAUACAAUACAUAAAAAUAUUUAAUACCUACCAAUUUAACUUAAUUUAAUAUUUAAUAUAUAAUAAUAAA